AUGAGUAGCCCUCUGGCGUGGGAUUCGCCUGCGGCGACUGCUAAAACUUUUUUUGGUUUAAUUGCGGUACUUCUGGCAUUUAAAUUUGUGAAUUUAGCUUCUUUGCUAUUUCGGUGUGGAUAUUUGGUGCUGUUUACCACAGGAUCAGUCGAGUUUCUGUUCAGACUAGUGUUCCAGCGGCCUUUGCUUGGCCAAAUUGACAUUGAUGGAAACUCCGAAUGGCUCGAAAAAUUGAAAAAGCACACGGACGCAGCUUUGGGUCGUUACGAGAGGCUCAAUAUCGCUGCUGAAUUGAACCAGUUCAUAUCUUCACCUGCAGCCACACUCACGAGUGUUGUUAUAUUGUAUUUUGCCAGCUGGUGCUCGUCGAAGGGAUCAGGUUUUGCAGCCCUAGUCGUGCUUACCACCUCGGUGUUCGCGAUACCAUUUAUUUAUGAAGCAUUUGGUCCCGAAAUAAAUGCUCUUCAGAACCAGCUGGUUUUGCAAGCUCGAGCAGGAAGGAAUCACGUCACUAGCGUCUUAUCUCGCAAUCCCCGGAUAAAAAAAUUAAUGGGCAGACUCGAAGCACCUGCGUCAAAAGCAGAUGCAGCCCAAGACCAAAAGCUUCGCAGCACGGAGUCGGACGCUGAGGGUGAAGGAAGCAAGGGUAGUGUAGUACAUGUUAAGCCGAUAAUGGCUCUGGAUGUCAUUGCUCCGCCUCCCGAGUACGAUCCACCAUUCAGAGACAGAAUCUUGGGGAAUUCGAGGCGAAGGGUUGGUGACGUUUUCAAUUUUACCAAAUUUGGCGUCAAUGUUACCACCAUCGUUCCUGGUAAAAUGUCUUCCCUAAGACACUAUCAUACAGAAGAGGACGAAUUCGUUUAUGUUGUAGCAGGGCAUCCUACGCUGGUAACCGACGAUGGCGAGUCGGAGCUAAGUCCUUCCAUGUGCGUCGGCUUCAAGGCUGGUUCACCCAAUGCUCAUCACAUCCUGAACAAAACAAAUGAGCCAGUGCUAAUUAUUGAAAUCGGAGACCGUCCAAAAAAUGACAAGGUUUACUAUCCCUAUGACGACGUUCAGUAA